AUGGGGAGUUUCAGUCCAAUGGCAUAGUCCUGGUAAGGACUGGGAGUUAACAAGUCUUUUUCCUAUGUGAACUUUUUUCCCCUCUUCUGAAAGGAAAGGGUGGGUGGUAGGAAGCCCCCGUUUGACUGCCGACUGAGAUGCCAGCAAAGAGUUAAGGUGAGAGAGACGUGAAUCCUAGAGAAGGCAAAAGGGAUCGUGAUUGGCCACACUCUCUUCCUGCCCCGCCCUCUUCGCUGUGGAAGAGGAGGACUUCCGGGGUCAUUUCUUGCAAGGAACCCCACCCCUGCCUGGGAGGAGAGGAGGAGGAGGGUGAUGAAGGCCAAGGAAUCGGGAGGAGUAAGUGGGUGGGAGACCAAAGCCCAGGAGAAGUUUCUGCUGCAAGGACCAGUCUGUUGGUGAAACAACUUUGGCCUUCUUGGAGGCUGCCUCUGGAGCAAGGAAUUGGAGAUGGCAAUGCAAGACUCAGGUGGCCCAGAGACCAUCAAGGCUGGGAGCGGUGAGGAAUUAUGGGAAAGGACUCUGCAGGAAAUCCUGCAGGAGGAGACGCUCCCUUCAGAUGCACAGCUCCAACACUUCAGGCAAUUCCGCUACCAGGAGGUUGAGGGACCCCGAAAGGUUUGCAGCCGACUCCACCACCUUUGCCGACGGUGGCUCAAACCAGAGCAGCACACAAAACACCAGAUCAUGGACCUUGUGAUCCUGGAGCAGUUUCUGACCAUCCUGCCCCCGGAGGUGGAGAGCUGGGUGAGGGAAUGUGGAGCAGAAACCAGUUCGCAGGCAGUGGCCCUGGCAGAAGGUUUCCUCCUGAGCCAGGCAGAGGCCAAGAAGCAGGAAGAGCAGCAGGUGCAGGGGCCAUUAGCAGAAGCAAACCUCUUGGUUUUUGAGGCAGAGAAGACUCUAUCAGAUGCCAGAUUGAAGCUGCUGCACGGAGGGAGCUUUCGGGAGGAUCAUGCUGCUACCAUUUCACUGGUUCAUGGAAGACCACUGGAGGUGUUGACAAGCUCAUGGCUCCCCUGUGUGGAUGGAGAAACAGCUUCUACCCAACCAGGUCAGGUAGGAGAGGGAUCAAGUGGGGGACAGCCUAGGUGCCUUUCCCUGAGCCUGAAAUAAUAUUUGCCUCUCUGUGAUCUGCCCACUAGGAAGGCCAGGAGGCCAUGAAUCCUGCCAGAAGAUUCUUAGCUGCUUCAUUUUAAUUCUCCUCAGAGAUUUGUGUAUGGGCAGGGGCACACCUAGGAAAUUUGGACACCCAGACCACACACACACACACACACACACACACACACACACCCCGCAAGGCCAUGCAAAACCUUCUUUGGGGAGCCUGCUCUGCCAAACCUCUGCCAGUUUUUCUAUUUUUAAAUUUCUUACUGUGUCUGAGGGGCGGCUGCGGGGGUGGGGAGCAGAGUAGUCACUCUCCCCACCCAGCACCGGGGACCAGAGCAACACUGGGCCCGUCCAUUCAGACCAGCAUCUUUUAGUAACUGCGAGGUGCACCUGUGCAGUUUAGCAGUCAGUCCCCACUGCCGGAAGGAGAGGGAGGAAGGGCUGCUCUGCUCUCCCACCCCACCACAGCCACGCCUGGUGUUAGCAAUCCAGCCACCCAGAAGGGAAGUCCAGGAAGGUAGUCCACAAUACAAACUGGGCUGCAGAAACGAAACACAGUUCAGAAUAGUUCUCUCUAUAUGGCUUGGGCUGAAAGUUGCCGACACAAGGGUUGACAAAUGUUGUCUUCUAGCGGCUAACAGAAAGCUGUUGAUGUGCUUUAUAGUCCAAGCUGAUAACUCUCAGCUGGCAGGGAUUCAAGGCUUAUCAGCCCUCUGCAAGAGGCAUUUACUCCUCCUGAUAGUUUCCAGCUGUGCUCUUCGCCUUGUGACAAGGCGUUGCUGUGGAGUCAGUGUGGGUUGCCUGCCCGGCUCAUCUUCUAGUCUGUCCCUCGCUGUCUCUGCUGCCUCAGACUGCUGUGCCUGCUCUGAAACAUCCGCCGGACCUUCCUCAGCCAUCUCUUGGGAACUGACAGCUGGGCUCUGCCCCUUGGGCACCCCUGCAUCAGCUGAAAGGCUGUCAGCUUCCCCUUCCUCCUCGCUAUCUAAGAUUGAGGCCGUGACACUCGGACACAGUAAUAAUUUUUUUUUAAAAAAAAAAGAACAGCGGAGGUUUGGGGGGCAGCCCUGGGGGGGUUGACGGAGGCACACAGCCACGGACAUUGGGAAGUGCUUCCCGGACCUUGGAGGACUGGACUGGGCCCCCAAGGUCCGGGGGUUAGAGCACCACUGUGUAUAGGGGUGGGGGGACUGUUUUCUGCCCUGUGAGUCAGAUAUGUUCU